AUGUUACUCAACGAGCAAUAUCCGAUAUUUGAUUUGAACAUAUUACAUACUCGAAAAAUAUCGGUAAUGGGGUUGAUAGAACAAUUAAUAUCGAUGAAUGUUAUAGUUGAAGGAAAGACAAAUAUUUUUAAAAAAGCAUUUCGAAAAUGUUUUAUUAGUACUUUUUAUUAUGAUAGAAAAAUCAAUUCUUUAGAGUUAGAUGUGUUUAUCAAUCACACUAAAAAAAUUUGGUAUGAUGAAGAUAAAAAACUACAUAAACGUAAAGAACUUGUUAAUUUGAUUAUGGAAUUACAUAAAUAUAUAAAAGAUAACACAUUUGUAUUAGGUGACGAAAUAUUAUCAAAAUGUUCUGGUAUAAUUGAUAUUUAUUGUAAUUAUUUAUCAAAGAAUCCUGUAGAUAUAGAUCUCGAAUUGAUAAAAACUAAAGUUAAAGCAAUUUGUGAAAAGCUUCAGAUAAAUAAAAAAUAUUAUACUACUUUAAAUAAAAAAGAAUACCCGUUAAUCGAUUUUGAUAAAAUGACACAUGUGGAAAGGAUAUAUUUUUUAAGAUGGGUUAAUAAUAGCAAAUAUGAAAAAUCUUUAUUUCAAGAUGUGUUAAUGGAUUUAUGGAACAAUAAAACAUCAGAUAAAAAUUUAGAUAGGAUUUUUCAAACUUCGUUGCUGUAUCAUAUUAAUAAAUUCAAAUCAUCCAAUGGGUAUUAUGAUUUUUUUAGUGAAGAGUAUAAAAAAAGGUAUUUAAAAAGUUUUUUUGAUACUGUAAAUGAAUAUUGCGAAUACUUAAGAACAAAAGAAUCAGACAGUGCAGUAAAACCUAAUCAGAAAGAACCUGGACAAGGAAUAAAAUUCUCUUCGAUUGAAAGAUGA